UGACCUUACUUACCUAGGUACUUACCUCACCUUACCUAUCGCAACUUCCAUCAUUGCAACUAACCAUCACGACGACUGGACCGUGACUCUGCAGUGCUGCCUGGACUGGACGCCGGGGAACGACUUCAGUUGCAAAGACUCAUUGCCAGUGUACUCUCUCCUUUAAACAACAUUCAAGCAGCCAAGUGAACUCGGGUGACUACUAGUAGGUACCUACACACAUACUAGGUACCUACCUAGCUACCUACCUACUCGACAGUGACUUGGGCGGGAAAUUCGAGUUGCUCUUCAAGAAGGAGGACGAUAACUGAAGCAACCUUCGGUUUGCAGUGAAGACGCAAAGUUCUGACGACGUCACCGUUUAUCGGGCGCCCGGCCGUGAUAAAUAGUCUAACUACCUAUAAUUUUCGGCCACCACGCGCUGUUGUAACUUUACUUCAGUGUGAGCGAGCACUUAUCGUGUACAAGUGGACAUCUCCUGGUCAUUGUUGCUAUCGUUGUUCUUGGAUCUCUGAGCUUUGCUCCAAAUGGCAGCCGAUGCUGGUCUUGACGCGGGCUUCAUUCCCGCAUUGCAUAAGCCAUCUGCACUUCUGCCCAUCGCCAAACACCGCGAGGCGUUGCUGUACACGGUCGAAACGCACCCGGUCACCAUUGUCGUCGGUCAGACUGGUUCCGGAAAGAGUACGCAAAUCCCCCAGUUCCUCGAGAAAGCAGGGUGGUGUGCUGAUGGAAAGGUCAUUGCAAUCACUCAGCCUCGUCGUGUCGCUGCAUCCACGGUUGCCAUCAGAGUCGCCGAAGAGUUUGGCUGCGAACUUGGAAAGGAAGUCGGCUUCUCCAUCCGCUUCGAGGAUGUCACCUCUGAAGCAACCCGCAUCAAGUUCCUCACUGACGGUCUUCUGAUUAGAGAGGCGCUCGUCGAUCCCUUGCUUUCGCGCUACUCCGUCAUCAUGAUCGAUGAAGCCCAUGAACGAUCCAUCAGCUCCGACAUCUUGCUUGGCUUACUCAAGAAGAUCCGCAAGAAGCGCCCCGAGCUGAGAAUUAUCAUCAGCAGUGCAACCCUGCAAGCCGAGGAAUUUCUCAGGUUCUUCUCCGAUAGCACUGGCGAGGCCAAGUCCGCUGACAAUGUUCAGUCUGACGAGAAGCAGGAUGCCCCCGUCGGCGCCAUCGUCAGCCUAGAGGGCCGAACCUACCCCAUCGAUAUUCUUUACCUCGAGAAGCCCGCCGAGGACUAUCUCGAGAAGGCCAUCUCAACCGUCUUUGACAUUCAUACCAACGAACCAAAAGGCGACAUCCUUGUUUUCCUGACCGGCAGAGACGAGAUCGAAAAGGCCGUCGAAGCUGUCUCCGAGCGCUCGGCCCAGUUGCCCGUGGGAUCCGAAGCCAUCUUGCCUCUGCCGCUUUAUGCUGGCCUCCCGACUGAGAAGCAGAUGUACGUGUUUGAUGAGACUCCCGCCAAUUUCAGAAAGGUCAUAUUUUCAACAAACAUCGCCGAAGCCUCCGUGACCAUUGAUGGCAUUGUCUAUGUCGUUGAUUCCGGCUUUGUCAAGCUGCGGGCAUACAAUCCCCAGACCGGCAUCGAGACAUUGACCGCGACUCCCGUAUCCAAAGCCUCUGCGGCCCAGCGUGCCGGGCGAGCGGGUAGAACGAAAGCCGGAAAAUGCUUCCGCCUCUAUACGGAGGAAGCGUACCAGGCUCUCCAUGAUGCCAAUCCUCCCGAGAUUCAACGCUCAAACUUGGCACCUUUCGUUCUGCAGCUCAAGGCACUGGGUAUCGACAAUGUCUUGCGCUUUGAUUUCCUCACUCCACCCCCUGCUGAGCUCAUGACGCGGGCCUUGGAGCUACUGUACUCCCUUGGUGCUUUGGAUGAUUACGCCAAACUCACAAAGCCGCUGGGGCUGAGGAUGGCUGAGCUGGCUGUUGAACCAAUGAUGGCCAAGACCCUUCUCUCCGCCCCCUCUUUCGGCUGCCUUGGCGAAAUGUUGACAAUUGCAGCCAUGACCAGCCUGGGCGGUUCCAUCUGGGUCCAGCCCGAUGGCGGAAAGGAUGAAGCGGAGAGCGCGAGGCGCAAGUUCGCUGCUGAUGAAGGUGACCAUCUUACGCUUCUGAACGUCUACCAGGCUUUCGUUACCAAGGGACGCAAAGAGGCUCGGUUCUGUCAUGACAACCUGAUCAACUUCAAGGCCAUGACGCGUGCCAUGAGCAUUCGCGCGCAGCUGAGAAGGUGGCUUGAGCGCUUUGGAAUCACCGAGGACGGUCUGUCAGUCCCUCAACCAGCAGCAGCAGCAGCAGCAGCAGCAGCAGCUGGAGUCAACAAGGCAGAGCAAAUCCGACGGUGCCUGACGACGGGUUACUUUGCCCAUGCUGCGCGCAUGCAGCCAGACGGAUCCUUCCGGAACGUGUCGGGCACCACGGUGCUGCACGCGCAUCCCAGCUCGCUCAUGUUCAACCGUAAGGCUGACUGGGUCAUCUUCCACGAGAUCAUGGAGUCCGGAGAGAAGACCUUUAUCCGGGACAUUACCAAGAUUGAGAAAAAUUGGCUGGUCGAGUAUGCGUCCGCCUUUUACAGUACAAUGUAAAGGCAAUCAAUCAUCACGAGGGCCGGGCCAGCCCACGUGAGCAGCACUUCAUUUCUGCAGGGACAGCAGUAACCCUGUUGUCGGAAUAAGUCGUUGCCCAGGGUUGAGUUUCCCCAUGUUUGAUUAAUAGAUAGUUUCAGGUGCACACAAUCCCAAAAUCACCAGAUGUCUUUGAUAUCGUCUCCAAUACCAUCGUGCCGCCAGGCCUGUCUGAAGAAGAGCCUUUCGGACAUUUAGUUGCGGGCCACAUGGCAUCCAGUAAAGACAUCCGAACGUUGUCCUACCCACUAGAAUGACGAUACGCGGUGAAACAAUAUCCACGCGAGCCAUGGUCGUGUCUGGGUGAUUUGCUUGGCUUUUCCGCUUUCCCCUCGUCGCCCACAAGCUAUUUGCAGAUCGUUCUAAUGUAUGCCCCGGCGGACUUUUGUAUGGAGUGGAAUUGUUGGGUCAGCUUUGAUUUCGUCUCCGCAAGAGGGGAGCCCGAGAUGGUGGAACACUGGAACCAGACAUGGAACUGUGUGGGGAGGAAGGAAGAGAGAAGCUAUUCCCGGGAUUUUCUUCAGGAAAACAACAAGACGGGGUCGGCAGCAUCCGUCAAGAGAAAUAUCAAUCUU